CCUUAGUCAAAAUGGCCACCGUUGGCUUCGCUGUUGAGAAUGCGCAUGCUUAGUUCUGUCCUAGCCCCUCCUCCUUGGGCCUGAUGCGCGUGCGUUGCCGCGCAGAAGGACAGCGCGGGAGGAAUAAAUUUCUCUGUGAUUGGUUGGUGGCGGAUUUCAAACUAGAGCUGGCGGCCUGGUGCUUCUCUGCCGUUGGCGGCGCGAAGGGAAGCGGAAGGCUGCCAGGUGGGGUUCGGCGGCCCCGAAUAAGUGGGCCCUGGGGGCCGCGAGAAGACGUUCCUUUCGCCCGUAUUUGUGGUAGGAGGGAGAGCGUUGGGAACGGAAGAUGGAUACCACGAUGCUGAAUUUGCGGAAUCUGUUUGAGCAGCUUGUACGCCGGGUGGAGAUUCUCAGUGAAGGAAAUGAACUCCAAUUCAUCCAGUUGGCAAAGGACUUUGAGGAUUUCCGUAAAAAGUGGCAGAGAACAGACCACGAACUGGGGAAAUACAAGGAUCUUUUGAUGAAAGCAGAGACUGAGCGCAGUGCUCUGGAUGUUAAGCUGAAGCAUGCACGCAAUCAGGUGGACGUAGAGAUCAAACGGAGACAGCGAGCUGAGGCCGACUGUGAAAAGCUGGAAAGACAGAUUCAGCUGAUUCGAGAGAUGCUCAUGUGUGACACAUCUGUCAGCAUUCAACUAAGCGAGGAGCAAAAAUCAGCUCUGGCUUUUCUCAACAGAGGCCAACCAUCCAUCGGCAAUGCUGGGAACAAAAGACUGUCAACCAUUGAUGAAUCUGGUUCCAUUUUAUCAGAUAUCAGCUUUGACAAGACUGAUGAAUCACUGGAUUGGGAUUCUUCUUUGGUAAAGGCUUUCAAACUGAAGAAGAGAGAAAAGAGGCGAUCCAGCAGCCGGCAGUUCAUUGAUGGUCCUCCUGGACCCAUUAAGAAAACUCGUUCCAUUGGCUCCACAGCUGACCAGGGGAAUGAAUCCAUAGUUGCAAAAACUACAGUGACUGUCCCCAACGAUGGUGGGCCCAUUGAAGCUACGUCCACUAUUGAAACGGUGCCAUACUGGACGAGAAGCCGAGGGAAAACAGGUACUUUACAACCCUGGAACAGCGACUCCACCUUGAGCAGCAGGCGGCAGGAGCCGCACUCUGAGACGGAUGGCCCCAGCACGCCGCAGAGCAAUGGAGGAAUGCGCCUGCAUGACUUCGUCUCCAAGACGGUUAUUAAACCCGAAUCUUGUGUUCCAUGUGGAAAGCGGAUAAAAUUUGGCAAGCUGUCUCUGAAGUGUCGAGACUGUCGUGUGGUCUCUCAUCCAGAAUGUCGGGACCGCUGUCCCCUUCCCUGCAUUCCUACCCUGGUAGGAACACCUGUUAAGAUUGGAGAGGGAAUGCUGGCAGAUUAUGUGUCCCAGACCCCUCCAAUGAUCCCCUCCAUAAUUGUCCACUGUGUAAAUGAGAUUGAGCAGAGAGGGCUGAGCGAGACAGGCCUGUAUCGGGUCUCAGGCUGCGACCGGACAGUAAAAGAACUGAAAGAGAAAUUUUUCAGAGUGAAAACUGUACCCCUUCUCAGCAAAGUGGAUGACAUCCAUGCUAUCUGUAGCCUCCUGAAAGACUUCCUUCGAAACCUCAAAGAACCCCUUCUGACCUUUCGGCUAAACAGGACCUUUAUGGAGGCGGCAGAAGUCACAGACGAGGACAACAGCAUAGCCGCCAUGUACCAGGCUGUUGGUGAGCUACCCCAGGCCAACAGAGACACAUUAGCUUUCCUCAUGAUUCACUUGCAGAGAGUGGCGCAGAGCCCAAACACUAAAAUGGAUGUUGCCAAUCUGGCUAAAGUCUUUGGCCCCACAAUAGUUGCCCAUGCUGUGCCCAAUCCAGAUCCAGUGACAAUGUUACAGGACAUCAAGCGUCAACCCAAGGUGGUGGAACGCUUGCUUUCACUGCCCCUGGAGUACUGGAGUCAGUUCAUGAUGGUGGAACAAGAGAACAUUGACCCCGGGCAUGUCAUUGGAAAUGCAAAUGCCUUUUCAACACCACAGACACCAGAUAUUAAAGUGAGUUUGCUGGGGCCCGUGACCACUCCUGAGCACCAGCUUCUCAAGACGCCUUCAUCCAGCUCCCUGUCGCAGAAAGUCCGCUCCACCCUCACCAGGAACACGCCCAGAUUUGGAAGCAAAAGCAAGUCUGCCACCAACCUAGGAAGACAGGGCAACUUUUUUGCUUCUCCAAUGCUCAAGUGAAGUCACGUCUCCUGCUGCUUACAGCGUAUACUGACUGCAAGGAAGGGCACGCCUGUACUCUCUGCUCCGCAGCCUCCUGUACUGUUACUACUUUUAGCGUUCUCCAGGAUUUUAAUCAAGUUUAAUUGUGCAUGGGGGUUUUAAACUAUAUAUAUAUCUUCCUCUCCUUCUCCUCAAGUAAUGUAAUAUGAACACUUUGUGCUGUUGCUGGGAUCUUUUAGAUGGGAGUCUUUACAGGAAUAGUAUGGAAUUCACUAAGAUUUUCGGGGGGGGGGGGGCCAGGGCGGGUCUCGUCCCUUUGACUUAAGCUAAAUGCUGCUCCCGGAAUGACCUUUCUCUGGUGUUACUUAGAACCAGCUUCUGUGAGACAAAGACAGAGGCCCUACUUCUCUAGAAAGAUUGACUUGUCUCAGGGUGAAGGGUGGGAGGGCAGGGUAAAGAAAGGUUUGGACAGAGGAUAUAGGAUGGCUCUUUCUGAGAACUUGAAAGUUCUCCUUCCCUCAUUAUGAACUGGAGCUAUAACACAGAGCCUUCAUAAAAAUGGGGUAGGGUGAGGACAGAACUAGUGAUGGGUGUAUGUUUAGCUUUAAUUUGCAUUGAUUAGGUUUAAUAGUGUUAAGUGGCACAGCCUUGUAAAAGUGACACUAUUAUAUUUAUCUCUAAUGGGCCUCUGGCUGGACUUUGGGUCUGAUUGGGGUCAAACCCAGUUUGUUCAUAAGUUGAAUUCAUUCUAAUGAAUGGGCCCCCCCCCCCAAGUCCCCCUAGUGGUCAGUAUGCUAUGUAGCAUCCCAACUAACAAGAAUAAGCUAUAGGGGAGAGUUAAAUUUUGUGUGGCGAGAAAGGCCACAGUCAUUUUUGUCUUUGCACUUUGGAUGCUGAAACCUUCCUGUGUAACAUAGUCACAUCUAGAGAAAUAUGAGUGUUUUAUUAAAAUUAUUUUCAGUGUCUAUAAAAAUGCUUUCUUCUAUAGAAUGUUUAUGACCCAUAUUGACCCUUGUCUGUAAAACACAUAUUUGGAAAAAA